UCAUUUUCAUAAUGUGGCAACAUCGGGAUUUCAGUGUUUUGGUUUUGGCGGUAGCUGUGUCCGUAGCUGGCAGUAAUAAGAAAAUUGGCAAUUAACAAGCAGAAUCAAAAAAUCCAUCAGCAGAGAAAAAUGCCAGAAGUCGAAUUAACUGUAGAGGAAAUUAAGAAACGCAAUCUACCAUGGAUUGAAAAAUUUCGUCCAGUUAAGUUCGAUGAAAUUGUGGGUAAUGAGGAUACAGUGGCCCGACUUUCAGUAUUCGCCACUCAAGGAAAUGCUCCCAAUAUUAUAAUAGCGGGACCACCUGGUGUGGGCAAAACCACGACCAUACAAUGCUUGGCUCGCAUUCUUUUGGGUGAUAGCUACAAAGAGGCUGUUUUGGAAUUGAAUGCAUCGAAUGAACGUGGCAUUGAUGUAGUUCGUAACAAAAUCAAAAUGUUUGCUCAACAAAAGGUAACACUUCCACGUGGGCGUCAUAAGAUAGUAAUUUUGGAUGAGGCAGACAGCAUGACUGAAGGUGCCCAACAGGCCCUUCGACGCACAAUGGAAAUCUACAGCAAUACAACACGAUUUGCUUUGGCCUGUAACACAAGUGAAAAAAUAAUUGAACCCAUACAGUCUCGUUGUGCUAUGCUACGUUUUACCAAAUUGUCGGAUGCCCAGAUCUUAGCAAAAUUGAUUGAAGUUUGUCAGCGCGAAGAAUUAGAGUACGACGAAGAAGGUCUGGAAGCAAUUGUUUUCACCGCCCAGGGUGAUAUGCGUCAAGCAUUAAACAAUCUACAGUCUACGGCACAGGGCUUCGGAAAGAUUACAGGAGCUAAUGUAUUUAAGGUAUGCGAUGAACCACAUCCAAUGCUAAUACAAGAUAUGCUGCAACAUUGUGCUCAGAACGACAUUCACAAGGCUUAUAAAAUUCUAGCCAAAUUGUGGCGGUUUGGCUACGCUGCAGAGGAUAUCAUUGGAAAUAUAUUUCGUGUAUGUAAACGCCUUAAUGUGGAUGAACAUAUGAAAUUAAAUUUCAUUCGCGAGAUUGGCGUAACCCAUAUGAAAGUUGUCGAUGGUCUAAAUUCAUUGCUGCAGUUAACAAGUUUGCUAGCAAGAUUGUGCGAAAUUUCUGAUACAAACUAAAUAUUAUUUCAGCAUACAAAGAA